CGGUCCGCGCACCCCCACAACACCGCCACCAAUUUCCCAAUCGAUAACCCGACGAAUACAUAAUUAUAUAGGUUAUGUGAAAUAAUUUCAAACUGAAAAUCGAAAACGACGCGAAACAUGAAUGUCGUUCUCUGCUGCGAUUAAUACGAUGAUGUUAAUAAACCAUAAAUAAAAUACAAAAAUAACGACAAUGACCAUGGAGGAGCAAAAAGAUAAAGAUCGUGACAAGAUGAAGGAAAAGUGCUUUUUGGUGAGCACUUUUACCGAUUCCUCUUUAGAAAGAUUGUACCAAAGCUUUAGCGUUAAACAAAAAAGGGCCGGUCUCGAAUGUUUCCUAAUUGCUGCUAUUUUAUUCGAUAUUUACAUGAUUGCAGUUCCUAGUGGUCAAGAUUUGUUUAUUUUUGGUUUUAUGGGGGCAUUUUUGGUAAUGAACUGUUCCUUAUUAAUAUGGUGCAAGCAAAAUUACAAAUCGAAAUUAAUUUGGGCGGCAAUUCCGCACAUAAGUUGGCACAUUGCUAAUGCUCAAGUUUUGGCGGCGUUAUUUUUAAAGAAGAACGAAGUUACAUCGAGGGACAGUUUGGGUUGGGUGUUGCUCUUGGACUACUUAAUUUAUGUUACUUUACCAUUAAGAUUGAGAUAUUGCAUAAUUCUGAGCAUAGGGACUUGUACUUCGUAUAUUGCUGCUGUUAUUGGACUUUCUAAAUCUAAUUUACAUUUUGUCGAACAGCAUGUAUCAAAUUUUAUAUUGUUGUUUACAACAAACUUAUUGGGCUUAACGUUGUAUUUGGUGGAUGAUAAACAACAACGGCGAGCUUUCUUAGAAACAAGACAAUCUCUUCAAAUGAAAUUGGUAAUAGAGGAACAAAGUACCGAACAGGAAAAUCUUCUCCUGUCGGUUUUGCCAGAACACGUGGCUGUGGAAAUGAGGCAAGACCUGGACCAAACUGACAGUCAAUUUAAGAAGAUUUACAUGAACAGGCAUGAGAACGUAAGUAUUUUGUACGCAGACAUCGUAGGAUUCACGGCAAUAUCGUCGACCUAUUCCGCUCAAGAACUGGUCAAAAUGCUGAACGAAUUGUUCGCCAGAUUUGAUAAACUUGCCGAGAAAUACCAACAAUUGAGGAUAAAAAUAUUGGGCGACUGCUAUUAUUGUAUUAGUGGUGCACCCAAAGAAAAACCAGACCAUGCUGUUUUAUGUGUACAUAUGGGGCUAUCGAUGGUCAAAGCAAUAAAAUAUGUUCAACAAACGGCGAAUUCCCCGGUUGACAUGAGAGUCGGUAUUCAUACCGGUGCUGUUUUAGCUGGUGUUUUGGGCCAAAGGCAAUGGCAAUUCGAUGUUUAUUCGAAAGAUGUUGAACUCGCAAAUAAAAUGGAGAGCAGCGGAAUGGCAGGGAGGGUUCAUAUUUCAGCGACAACGCUUUCGUUUCUUAACGGAGAGUUUGAAGUUGAACCAGCUUAUGGUGAGAAAAGAGAUGAGGCGCUUAGAAUAGCUGGCUUAAAAACUUAUUUCAUUGUCAGAGUUCUUAAACCAUUCCAGGAAUCAAAGGCCGAAGUACAAAAUGGUGGUGGAAUUAUGCCAGAUGAAGAAAGUUGUGUAAUAGCUGAUAUAUCUUCGGAUGUGAAAGAAGAAGAGGCUAACAAAACGAACGUUAACAGAUGCAGAACAGAUUCGGCAGACUUUAAAAUCCGAUUAAGGAAGGAAUUAGUUAGCAGAGAUGGACACAAAGAAUUGUCGAAGAACACAAAAUUAAUCACGUUAGCAUUUACAGACCCGCAAAAAGAGAAAUCAUAUCAUCAACACAUUGAAACUUUUUCCAGUUUUACUUUAUUGAUGUUUUUAAUAGUGAGAUUAGCCAUAGCUGUUACCACAUUUAUAAUUAUGCCAAGCGACCUUACUGUCGACUUUGCAUAUUGUACACAGAAUUCAGUAUUUAUGUUAUUAGUGAUUGUUACCAUAGUGGAAGAAUAUCCGGUCACGCCUAAAUGUUGGAGAGUUUUCAAGGAAUCGAUGGCUUUACGGCGAAUUCUAUCAACGACUUGCAUAGUACUAUUAGGGUCCGUAAAUAUAAUUGAUACGGUUUCAUGCAGCCAAUUCCAAAGGGGUCCAGAUAAUUGUUCAUCAACAGAGGAUUUAAAUUCUGCAUGUUUAUAUCCUUCUUACUUUAGUUAUUAUUUAGUUUUAAUUUUGGUCGCUUCUUCUCUGCCUACAUGUUUAUCAUAUUUAUGGAAAAGUAUACUAAUGAUAUUAAUAACUUGUGUGCAAUGUUUAGUUAAUAUAUUCGUCUUGGGUUCAGCGUUAGACUGUGAGGAAUCUCGUAAACAUUGGACUAGCCUAACUAAAGGUAAAUAUACACUCUCCGGCCUACUAUUAACUGCUACGUUGGUAUUGUCCUUUCUAACAAGACAUAUGGAACAAGUGGCACGUGUUUUGUUUUUAUGGCGUUCUGAAGUAGAUGAGCAACGUGAUUUUGCUGAAGACAUGAAACGACGAAAUGAAGCUCUCGUUUAUAAUAUUUUACCACCACACGUUGCAACCCAUUUCAUGGGUAAUAGAAAUAGAAAACACGACGAACUUUACUCCCAGAGCUAUGCAGAAGUUGGUGUUCUAUUCGCUUCUAUGCCUAAUUUUUCAGAUUUUUAUUCGGAAGAAACCGUAAACAAUCAAGGUCUUGAAUGUUUAAGAUUUUUAAACGAAGUGAUAUCUGAUUUUGAUGCGCUUUUAGAAUGGCCUCAGUUUCAAGAUGUUAUUAAAAUUAAGACAAUCGGCUCUACUUACAUGGCAGCCAGUGGGCUCAAUCCAACAAGACAAGUAAAGCCUGAUGAUCCAAUAACCAUUCGCUGGACCCAUUUAGCUUUAUUAGUCGAGUUUGCUCUGGAGUUAAAGAAAGCUCUGCAAAGCAUUAACGAACAAUCGUUCAAUCACUUCGUGCUCAAGUUAGGAAUCAAUCAUGGACCUAUUACAGCGGGCGUGAUCGGUGCCAGAAAACCCCAUUAUGAUAUUUGGGGAAACACUGUGAAUGUUGCUUCUAGAAUGGAGAGUACGGGAAAAGCAGGCUGUAUUCAGGUUACCGAGGAAACAUGUCAAAUUCUUCAACAUUUCGGGUACCUAUUCGAACAACGCGGUCUCGUUGCAGUUAAAGGCAAAGGUCAAUUGAUGACCUAUUAUUUGUUAGGGAAAUGUGGAAAAAUGUCUCCAAGUACAGCCCCAGCUUCACCUGGAGCAAUAACAAUGGAAAUGGUGAAAGAAGAAGACGAAUCCCACGAUAGCUCCACAUCAAAAUCAGAUGAGAAAACUGUUAUGGAAUGUAAUUUAACCAAAGAUUUUAGUACAGACAAUGAAAAUGACCUAAUAAAUACAGAAGAGUACCAAACAAUUAUCAAUCAAGAUUCGGAAAUGAAGGAUUCAACCGAAAAUUGUCUUCUCUUGAGCAAUUGCGAUUAAAUAUCUUCAUCAUUGGUUAGUACAAUAAUGUUUGCACAUGUCUGUGUAUUUGAAAAUAUACAGGGUGUUUAACGUCCUCACACAGUAUAUGGUGUAAUAUGCUUGACGUCUUUAUUUCGAUAUAAUUAAUGAAAUGAAGAUUGAAUUCAAAUCAAUCAGAUAUGGUUAUCGUAGUACAGUAUUCUCUAAAAUAUUGUCAAUGGGAUUAAAUAACAAAUUUGUUAAUAAAAUUUAAAAUGUAUCAAAAAUAUAACAGAAUAUUUAUUAAAUUGAAUGAUUUUGAGAUAAAUCUACAUACUAAUACAACUACUAUUGUACGUCUGUACGCAAUAACAAUUAAACUGUAUAAUUAAAAUCAACAUGUGAAAUAAAUGUAGAAAAAGUUGUACUCUGUAGAGGACGUAAACAGUUUCCUCUAUCUUUAGUUUAUAACAAUAAUCUAAGAAAAAUAAGAGCUAAUUAUUAUUAUUUUUUAUUGGUUUCAAGUAAUAAAUGAUAUUUUUGGACUAAAAUACGAGUUAGUAAAUUUAACAAAAUAUGAUGUAGAAAUAAAGCGUCUAGACAUCUAGACCAAAAUCACAAUGUAGAUAUGUAUAUUUAUAUAAUAAUACAUAAAAAGUAGAAAAUAGGGUUUUUUAGAAUCCAAAAAUGUAUCAGUCACACUGUGAAACCUAAUUAUUACAACAGUGGGUCCUUUUUUGUUGGGCACAAUUUUGUUAAGACUGUAUUUAGCAUAUAUUAAUUUAAAUUAUUGAAUAAAAUUUUCAUUAUUUAAAUUUUAAUUUUUCUUCCAAUUCGUUUAGAAGUGAACUGACAUAUUUGACGUAAAAAAAUAUCCGAAAUAAUAUUCAUUAUACAUAAGGAAGAAAAAUUUUAGACAGUUGUCAAUCUGAUAUGUAGAUUUACAACUUUUCGAAUAAAGCAACUAUAACCUCAUUUACUUUGUAAAUCGAAAAUUGAAGUAGAUUACUUAUAUACAUAAUUUCUUUGAUGUAUUCAUUAAUCAUAAUAAUAA